CAAGUUGUCAAAGAAAUGUGUUAAAAUUUGAGGUUAUGUUUUGGGUUUUCGUCAAUUUCGUAAUUUUUUUUUUUAAUACAUAAAAAUGGAUGAACUUAUAGUGGGAACGUACGAAGGUUUCCUGCUGGGAUAUUCCCUGCGAUCCGAUGAUGAAUCAGAAACGAAACUAAAACAAACUUUCGCAACACAUUCACAUACAGGAUCUGUGCGAUGUAUAUCCGUGGCUGGGAAGUUUCUAGCUUCCGGAGGGACUGAUGAUAAAGUAGUUGUUAUAGACUUGAAGACACGUAAGGAACAUACGGUUUUAAUGAAUCAUGAUGGUACGAUAAACAGUGUGGCUUUUACUCAUGGGGGUACCCACCUACUCACCGGUAGUGAUGAUGGAAGUAUCAUUGUGACUAGAACAGGCAACUGGCAGGUAGAAAAAAUUUGGAAAAAGGCUCACAGUGGACAAUCUGUAACUGCAAUCGCUGUUCACCAAUCAGAUAAAUUGGCUCUAAGCAUUGGUGGAGAUAAGACACUCCGCACAUGGAAUUUAAUUAAGGGUCGCCCAGCUUUUACCAUUAAUCUAUCCAGCAAAGGGGUCAACUUGCCUACAGAAGUAAAGUUUUCACCAGGUGGGGAUAGAUUCUCCCUUGUUUCAUUACAAAAUGUUGAUGUAUGGACCAUCAGUAAGGCAGGCUUAGAGAAACGUUUGACAUGCAAUUCUAAACCAACAACAGUACAAUGGAUUGAUGAUGACAAGAUGUUUGUUGGCCUCGAGACUGGUAAUAUCAUAAACUUCAAAGUAUCAGAAACAAAAGCUGAGACGUACAAUGCUCAUAAGCAGAGAGUUAAGAGUUUGCACUAUGAAAAUAGCACUUUAUACUCAGCAUCAAGUUCAGGUGAAUUGAAAGCAUGGUCUUUAAGUGAAAAUGCACUCAAAGAGAUAUGCUCCUUAAAUGCUGCUUGCAGAGUGACAUGUGUAUCAUUAAAUAGACAAAAUCAUCUCAUUAAAAAGGAGGAAUCGGACAAUGAAAAUGAUAAAGAAGAGAGUGAUUCUAAAAAUUCAGAUGUUGAUGUAUCAGAUGAUGAUAUCAAAGCAGAAGUAAUGUCAAAAAAGAGAAAACCAGGUGCAUUUGUUACCAUAAGCUAUGACAAUGAGAAUGCAGGUAAAACCUCAAAUGUAAAACAGCCAUCAGUGAAGAAAGCAAAAAGAAGAAGGAGGAAUAAAAAGAACAAUAAAAGCGAUGAAUAACUGUAAAUGAGAUUUUAUUUUCAUACUUCAAAGUAGCAUUCACAUUUCAAUAACUAAUUCUGGCAACCAGGGAUAAUACCUAUGCAACAGGGAGAAAAUUCUGCUAUUAGAAUUUUUCUCAAUAGUAAAUAAAUGACAUUAUAGUACUAA